AAAGUGAUGUAACGAGGCCAGACUCCGAGCGCUGCUUUCCCUCUUUCCCAGACUAAGUCCUUCCUCCCUCCAGGACCCGGGGCUCUGCGCCAGAGCCCGGCGCUGGGCUGUGCCUCCACUCCACUCGCAGAGCUCUGGAGACCGACGCGCACUGUUGAGAAAGACGCGCUCCCACGUCCCACCUCCUGGAUGCGGAGUCAGUGGGGAAAGCGAGGCUUUCCUGACAGAAACAAGGGAGAGAGCCGAGGGGACAGCUGUUGUGGAGGUUUCUAAGGAGACUCAGACUGGCUUCUUUCCCUGCUCCUGGGAGACAGCAGGAAACCUCAGGUACCUCAGUGACCCCAGUCUCUGUAUGUUUAUAUGAAAGCGAAAGAGGCAGUAAGAAAGAGACAGAGGAAAAAAGAGAGAGAGAAACAGAGGAAGAAAUAGAAAUCCAGAGACCGUGGUUGACAGACAAGUGGAGACAGACAACGGAAGAGAGAACUGCUGCUCCCUAGCCAGCAAGUAGCCCCCAAUCUGGAUGGAGUGAAAGAUGCGGCCUGAUGAUAUAAACCCGAGGACUGGGCUGGUGGUGGCCCUGGUCAGUGUCUUUCUGGUCUUUGGCUUCAUGUUCACCGUCUCUGGGAUGAAAGGAGAGACUCUUGGAAACAUCCCCCUCCUGGCCAUCGGGCCAGCCAUCUGCCUACCAGGCAUCGCAGCCAUUGCCCUGGCCAGGAAAACUGAGGGAUGCACCAAGUGGCCUGAAAAUGAGCUGCUAUGGGUCCGCAAAUUGCCCUGCUUCCGGAAACCCAAGGACAAGGAGGUGGUGGAACUGCUGCGGACCCCUUCAGACCUGGAAUCGGGCAAGGGAAGCUCAGAUGAGCUGGCUAAGAAGGCCGGCCUCAGGGGGAAGCCCCUGUGCCAGGGGCAGACAGAGGUGGCUGUGGCCAGUGCCAUCACCACCCCCACACCCACGGAAGGAGAACGCCAGAGCCUGGUCCAGAACGGGCAUCAGGAGGAGACAUCCAGAUACCUGGAUGGCUACUGUCCUUCAGGCAGUUCCCUUGUCUACAGUGCCUUGGAUGCCAAGUGCUCAGCCUGGGACAGAUCUGACUGCCCGGAGCCUGAGGACAGCAUCUUCUUUGUGCCCCAGGACAGUAUCAUCGUUUGCUCCUACAAGCAGAACAGUCCCUAUGACAGAUACUGUUGUUACAUCAAUCAGAGCCAAGGCAGGUGGGACCACGAGACAAUAGUCUAAGCUUUGCAUACAAGAGUCGCUGUGUUGAUAGAAAUGUGACUACACUCAGCUUCCUGGGGAAGGAAACUGCCCUGCUCAACAGCCUUCAGACUGUUAGAAAUUGACUUGGUAUGUGAUGGGUGUGCAAGCCUCGGGUGCCUGAAGGCAUGUAAAUAGGCAUGUUGGGGACACAUUUUAGAGAAGGGUGAUGAGGGUUAAGGACACUGAAGAGGCAGUGAGUAGGAGAGAAAGCAGUUCCAAUUGCUUUUUAACAAUUAUACCAUGAGGGAUGUUUUGUAAAAUAACCCAGAAAGUGCUACUCAGCACCUGCUAAAAGCAAGAUAAAUCUAGAGUAGGCUGCAGAUAUCAGGCAUGAAAUGAUACAUGGGCUUGCCAUAGGGAAACUGAGCAGCUUUCAGUUGGAAUAAAUCGAAAGACAAAACAAUUUAGUGCUUCAUUGUAUGAAAUGAUUUUUUCCAGUGAAAGGUUUUCACACUUAUUAUUUGCUGAAAGAAAAAAGUCAAGACAGAAAAGCUACUCCCUCCUUAGGUGGAAUGGUUUUUGGAGAAAGGGGAGUUGAAUUAUGUAAUUGAGUUUUAUGAUAUUAUCCUCUGACAAGAUCAGAGAUUUCAAAUAAAGUAAAAUAAAUGUGUGACCAGCUAGGUAAAAAACUAAAAAUUUUAGAUGGCUAUGUUACUUCUUAAACUAUUCAUUUAAAUUGAUUUACUGGGUCUUUAUCUUAAGUGUUUUUUUAAAUAUUUGCUAUCAUUCAUGUAUAAUUUGCUCAUCGGGUGCAAAAUGACUUGAUGUAAUAUUUUCAUUGAUUAGAAUUUGUGUUCAUCAAGUCAAAAUGGGUUUUACAUAUGUAUACAAGUGUCUUUAACAUUUCUGGGAGUCCUGGUAAUAACUAUUCCUAUAUGCCUUUUGAAAUCUGAAAAUGAUGAAAUCAACACAUUAGUCUUGAACUUUAUGCAGAAUUUACAUAAAAUGCAAUGGUUAAACUUCUAGAA